AUGUCGACACCGAGGGAGAAGAUCCAGCAGCUUAGAGAGCAGAGCCAGCAAACAGAGGCUGCUAAAUCAAGGGAAACGUUGGGUGCUUCGUUAACGAGUCUUAGCUCGACGGCACCAGAUUUGGCAGAUCCAAAUCAGCUUGAUGAUAUCGUCACUGGCUAUACGGAUAGAUUUGACAGAUUGCAGUUCCUCUUUUUGGAGCAGGAGGCAAAGGAACAGUUCUUCAGGCUGGUACUGGAGCAGAACGACAAGAUCAUCGACCAGAGUGCGAUCCUGGAUGUAAUGGAGAGGGCGAAGAAGUACAAAGCAGUGUUGCACGAGAAGGCAGCAAAGACACAAGCUACAACGCAGGAGAUAAAGAGCGUUGCACAGACGUGGUUUUCUCUUUACAACAGGCUCGAGGAGGCACUGUUACAGUUAGAAGCGAACGAAUUGUCGCUGAACGAGAAGAAAAGCGCCCAUUUGGAGGAAUUGACGAAACAAGCAGCACUGUACAAGGAGGAUGACCCGACGGUUGAGACGUUGGCUAAGAUGGAUUUCCCAACGAAGGACUUACUUGUUAUAUCCAAUGUUGAAAAUACCAUUAACGCCAUUCACUCUCAACGGCUCAAGAUCGAGGAAAGUCUCCGAGGCUUAAAGGAACGCGUUGAUGCCACGAAACAGACGAUAAAGACUAACGAAGAGUAUCGGGAUAAAUGCGAAGCUGAAGUGGCCAAACUGGACCAGAUAAUUGCAGAUCUUCAACAGGUUAACAGUCAGUUGAGCUCUGAGCAAAAAGAGCUCGUCUCAAAGGAGAGCAGUUUGACGAAAUUGAUUGCAAUUUGGUGUAACCUAACGCAGAUUGAUGACUUUAAAGUCGUUGAUGAUGAAGUUGGCUUCAAAUUUACAGAGUUUCCAGAGAAUCACAUCACUAUGGGAGUACAAGGGGAUAAAUUAGUCUCUUUGCAGUGCAAUGGCAUUGAUAAUACACAGCUUCUGCGGAUUGAAAACCUUGCUAAGAAGUCCAAGCAUCCACUGUCGACAGCAUUUGAAGAGGUGUACAAAGCACUGAUCUCGUUAUAG